GCAGAGUGCUCCCUCUGCUCUGUCCGCGGUGCUCCAUUGCCCGUGGCUUUGCAGCGGUGCCCUGCAGGGCUCAGCUCGCCUUCAGGGCCACCCAACAAUCAUUUCCACUUGUCUUCAACAACAGUUUCUUUCAUUAGCCUGAACAUUGAGACCCUGACAUAACUACCAUUCCCCUCAUUCUCAGCCAAUGGUCUAGCUUCCAUACUUAACCAAGAAAUUAGACCAACAGGUAUAACUUUCAUCCCACUGCUUCCCGUCUUAUCCCCACUCACCUGCCUGCUUCCUCCAGUCUCAGAGAUUGGGUCCCUCUUCCUGAUCAAGACUAACCCUGUCCCAUCACCUCUGGGAUUAGUCGUUCUCUCUCUCUAUUUCUCUCUCUCCCUCUCUUUUGCUCCUUAUCUUCAGUUCUUAUGCACACACUUCAUUCUCAUCCUGAAAAGUAAAACAAACCCAGAGACCUCCCCUGACCUGGCAUCACCCGCCCCCCAUCUCCAUCCGGCCACCCUCCUCUUGUUGGGAUAUCCUGAGAGAUGGACCUUGCAAAGCGCAGGUAACAUCUUGUCUCUUCCUAGAGCAGAUUGAGCCACCAACUGUUCAUUAUGUACAAGACGAACUCUAAGGUCUUUAUCCGGCACAUCAGGCUUUACAAGAUCUUGCCCCUGGCUUCCUGGCAACCUGCACAUCACUGUAGUAUCCAAAUUUCUUUAAUCUGAUUUCCUAUUUUCUAAGGAACUUUCUAGCUUCCCAGGUAAAUGCUGGGAAUGGGGGUGGGUGGAGGAGGUAAAAGUAUGUCUUGUAUAUCAGACAUAAUUAUCACCAUUAUUAGAAAACUAUCUCCCGUUCUAAGAUGAUAAAUUGCCCUUCUCCUUUACCAAACCCUCCUGAGUUGGGGUUGUGUGAGUCAGUCCCCAUGAGGCUAACCCGUGCUGGCUGCGCUGAACAAACUGAACGCUGGGACUCACGAAACUAAGAACCAUAUGCGCUGCCAGGAGCCCCACCAAGGCCAAGCUGUACCCUGCCUAAGGCCAGGCGUCUUCCUCCUCUGACAUCGUUGUUGUCACUUAUCAGUAUCCAUCUCAAUAAGGGACAGAAGGCAUGGGCUUUGGUAUCAGGAAUAGCUGGGUUCAAUGCCCGAGUUCCUGUCGAGCCAUCUACCUGCUGGCCAUGAAAACUUUGGAAGGGCACUUCACUUCUCUGAGUCUAUUUCAUUUCUUUAAAAUAGGGAUGGUAAUACUUACAUUAGGAUGACUGUAAAGAUGAAACAAGUUUCAUAAAAAGCACUUGGUCCUGUGAGAAAGUGAGGAGUGUUCCCAAAUCUGUGCAAUGACGAAGAUUAAUAGAAAGGUCUGAUGUGAUGACUGUGGCCACUUUGGCUGUGAUGAGGAGGUAGAGCUGUCCAAAGGAGAUGGGGGUAUUUUUUGUCUUGAUGUUCAAUGAAGUUGUUUGUCAUAUGUAUUUCAGAAACUCUUGGAAAAUGUAUACAAGUCAUGAAGACAUUGGGUAUGAUUUUGAAGAUGACCCCAAGGAUAAGAAGACACUUAAACCCCACCCAAACAUUGAUGGCGGAUGGGCUUGGAUGAUGGUCCUUUCCUCUUUCUUUGUGCACAUCCUCAUCAUGGGCUCCCAGAUGGCCCUGGGAGUCCUCAACGUGGAGUGGCUUGAAGAGUUCCAUCAGAGCCGCGGCCUGACGGCGUGGGUCAGCUCCCUCAGCAUGGGCGUCACCUUGAUCGUGGGACCUUUCAUCGGCUUGUUCAUCAACACGUGCGGGUGCCGCCGGACGGCGAUCGUCGGAGGGCUGCUGAACUCGCUGGGCUGGGUGCUGAGCGCCUACGCUGCUAACGUGCACUGCCUCUUCAUUACCUUCGGAGUCGCAGCUGGCUUCGGCAGCGGGAUGGCCUACCUGCCGGCCGUGGUCAUGGUGGGGAGGUACUUCCAGAAGAGGCGCGCGCUGGCCCAGGGCCUCAGCACCACCGGGACCGGGUUCGGCACGUUCCUCAUGACGGUGCUGCUGAAGUACCUGUGCGCGGAGUACGGCUGGCGGAACGCCAUGUUCAUCCAAGGCGCCGUCUCCCUGAACCUGUGUGUCUGCGGCGCGCUCAUGCGGCCCCUCUCUCCUGGGCUGGACGGAGAGGACCCGGGAGGGAAAGAGCCGCACGUCCUCCGGGCUCACUCCACGGAAUCGGUCGGGUCCAGCGGGCAGAUGGGCGGAGCGCAAGAGAAGGGUGGCGGCCCGGGCACCGAGGACGCCGUCGGGGACGCGGCAGCGCAGGCGCGCCCGGGGACGGCGGCGCUCGGAAAGGACAUGUGCACCCUGCGGGUCCUGAAGGCGGUGAGCCAGCUGACCGUGAGGGUCCGCAGGGGCUUCCGGGACUGGUACUCCGGCUACUUCGGGGCCGCUUCGCUCUUUACUAAUCGGAUGUUCGUCGCCUUCAUUUUCUGGGCUCUGUUUGCCUACAGCAGCUUUGUCAUCCCUUUCAUUCACCUCCCCGAAAUAGUCAACUUGUAUAAUUUAUCGGAGCAAAACGAUGUUUUCCCUCUGACUUCGAUUAUAGCAAUAGUCCAUAUCUUUGGGAAAGUGAUCCUGGGCGUUGUGGCCGACCUGCCGUGCAUCAGCGUCUGGAAUGUCUUCCUGAUGGCCAACUUCACCCUGGUCCUCAGUAUUUUCAUUCUGCCCCUGAUGCACACGUACGCUGGCCUGGCGGUCAUCUGCGCCCUGAUAGGGUUUUCCAGCGGUUACUUCUCCCUGAUGCCCGUGGUGACUGAAGACUUGGUGGGGAUUGAGCACCUGGCCAACGCCUACGGCAUCAUCAUCUGUGCUAACGGCAUCUCCGCCUUGCUGGGACCGCCUUUUGCAGUUCUAGGGGUCAGAAGGCUAAACUGGAUCACAGUGGGCCAAUACCAAGGUGCCAGUGGAACUGCAUUCCUUCCGGAGGCUCUCAGGGGGACUCCAUCUCCUCACCUCUUACAGCUUCUGGAGGCUGCCUACUUUUUUUGGCUCCUAGCCUCUCCCUCAAUCUAAGCCAACAGCAUAGCAUCUUUUCAUCUCUCUUGAUUCUGACUCUCCUGCCUCCUUUUUUCAUUCUUAAAGAUACCUAUGAUGACACUGGGUCCACCAGCUAAUCCAGGAUAGUCCCCCAUGUCAAAGUCCUUAGCUUGAACACACUGCAAGGAAGGUCCCUGUUGCCACAUAAGGUCAUCUGCACAGGUUCCAGGGAUUAGGAUGUGUGUAUUCGGGAAAGCUCAGACAUUCCACCUGCCUCAGGCCCAGAGGGCCCCGGUUGGCAACAUGAUCUGUCACGUAUGUUCACCUCAGUUUAAUGGAGAAUUGGCUUCUUGCAUUGAGCAUACCAGAAGCCAUAGGCACCACUGAGGGGACCUGUGUCUGGGCCAGUUACCUCUCUGACCUUGCCAUUCUGGGCAGGUUUUAAACUUUGUGACGGGUAGACCCAAUCCCCAAGAGGCCAGUGUUGGGCAAAAGUGAUCAAGUCUACCCGCUAUCCAUGGGUUGGAGGCAGGAGCCCACGAAGUGUGGUAGGGGCCAGGGCCAAAUGCAAAGGAGAGGUGUUUUUUGGAGGUGACUAUUAGGGCAGCCAGGCCAGGGCUGGUGGCAGUUGUCAGAACUGCUGGAAGUUUCGUGCAGUGUUUAAGCUAACCUGGGAGAGCAUCACCUUUUCAGAUUCCUCCUCCACCUCCGUGCUGCUUGUCUGGCUGAUCCUGGCCCUUUAUUCUCAUACCCUCUGCAGAAAUAUUUCUUCCCAUGCAUGUGAGGAACACCAUGGGUGCAGGACAAAGCCUUCCCCACCCCUUUCUUCCCAGUCUCUCCACGGACCCUACAGUCAUCUCCUGCCCUACUGGCAGAGGACUUGUACCAACACAGCCAUUUUUGUAUUGCCCUCAGAAUGUGAAGCUCAAGAAAACAGAUUUUUACCUACACAGCUGACAACACUGGCAGCUGGCUGACUAAAGGUUUAAGGACCAAGAAUUGCUUAAGGAAACCUAGAGGCUACAGACAGACCCCCUCCUGGAUCAAGCUGCUCCUGUUUUCUGCCCAUACACAGAGAUACAGGCACAGCAUUUCUCGGUGACAGGGAAUAAUGAUAGCAGUGCAGCAGACUAAUAUUGGCAGCUGAAAAGUCAGAACUGCUCAGUGAUCUCACUGUAUAGAAUUCUCUAUCAGUUGGGGAUGCAUUUGGUUGUAAGAGAACAUCCUCCAAUGGAGUGUGUCACAUAACCAGAAAUCUAGAGUUCAGGGACUAGAUGAUGAUGGGACAGUGUCUCAAGAUGCUCUGGGCCUUUUCCACAGGUUAGUUGCCUCAUGGUCACACAAAUGGCUGCAGUAGCUCCAGCCACUAACACAUCCUCAUUUAUAACAAGAAAGGAAGGGAUGAAGCCUUAGUCCUAGCAGAAUUCCACUUAUAUCUGAUUGGCCAGCUUCACACAGCUAGUCCAAGCUUCAAGGGAAACUGAGAAUUGGAGAAUUUUGCUUUCCAGUGUCUGUACUAGAGGAAGGAAAGGAGAAGAGAAUUAGGAUUGGAGUUUGGAUCAGUCAACCAUGGCAACUUUCAGAGAAGUUAAACUAAAAUAUCCAUUAAGGGGAUGGGAAUAUUAUCAGUGGCUCAUCCACCCUCUUGUUGGACGCCUUUUAGAUAUGUUGUAUGUAGAAAUGAAAUCUCUCUUUGAGGGGUACUUUCUGCUUCUAAUGCUCAGUGGGGUUAUUUUAUAUGGAUCCAUCAGAUUUCAGCAGCAGCAUCACAACACAGCUAUGUGGUGCAGCAGAAGUAAUUCAUGAUCCAUGUUAAUUAAAGCACCAAGGUUUGCCAGCAUAGUUUCCUUAACCCAUUCUUUUACACACAUUUGCAUUCUAGUACACUUUCUUGAGUGGAAGAGGAAGGAAUUACAACUAGAGGACAAGGAGUUAGAUCCAACCCUGAGUCAUCAUGUCUUAUCUUUGCUCGCUUCAGGGGUCCUCCCUGGAAGUGGAUUCUGUGGCUGAGUGUAGCUCCAUCCACCAUGAGUGGUAGAAACCAUUGUAUUAAUGGUGAUUUACAAACCUACCGUGAAUGUGUGUCAAGUGCUGCCAGGGGACUCUAAAAUCAAUGUUCCGACGUACGUCUCCAGGCCAGCCAUCUAAAAGGGCCUCUCCAUUUUUGCUUGUUUCUUCUCCUUCCACUGAACUCAUAUCCCGAGGAAUGCCAAUCAGCAUGACCAGCUGAGUUCUGUUUAAUUCAUUGACUUUCCAGGCCAAGGAGCCAACAUUGCAGUGACAUGCAAGGCCAGCCUUUUUGCAUCAUUUUACAGAGUGAUUGGCAAUAUGAGUGACUAAAUAACCACAUUAAAUUCUUGCUAGAAAUUCCAGGUGGUCUAGAAAUUAUUACUUGGCUUGAUUUGCUACCGGGAAGAUUACUGCUCACAUUAGCUUUUUCUUUUUUAAUGGAUUUAGGAAUGAAUAUAUUUUCUAUUUUUCAAAGCGGUUUCUACUGACAUUAAAAAAUCUGGUACAAUUUAGUAGCAUGUUAGACAAUCACACAUUUCCAUUUAGAAGAAGAAUGUGCAAUCAGCAAUAUUGAACAGACAUUUCAACCAUGUCAUUUAGCAACAUGAACUUCUUGAUGUAAUUCAUUUAUAACGUUUCUGGGCAUUCGGCUCAUCUCUUUUAAAGAUGUAAUAAUAGUAGAUACUUUUCUAGAUGUUUCUGGGGUAAAGCAAAACUCGGCCACCAGAUUUGACUGACCAAGAAUCUACAUGCAUCUCCAGCAUCAAAUAUAACACCCGAACAACAAUUUGUAAUGUUUUUUCACCAAGACCCGGGAACACGUAUUUAAUAAAUAAGAAGAAUAGCCAUCACUUCUCAUUUGACAGAUUCAAAUGAAAAGGAGUGCAAUUUAUUUAAAUGGAGGUACUGGGUAUUGAACUCAGGACCCGAUGCAUUCUAAGCAUGCACUCUGCCACUGAGCUAUUACCCUCCCCUGCCCCUGGAAUACAGUUUAAUAGGGAACCAGAUUUUACUUUGAAACUGUUGAUUUCAAUUGAUAGUUGGAUCAGGAUUGCCCAGGAUCCCAGGCUCCAAACCAAGGGAUGAAGAUCAGACCUGUAGGGAGACAUGGUGAAGGAUGAAUGAGGAGGGCAGCUUGUCUGAAACACCUUAUUUCUAAAGAGUCAUGUCCCCACGUGCUGGGUCAGAACACAAGGCAAAGUACUGUCUCCUAACCUGAUCUGCAUCUGACUCGGGACUGGGUUGAGUUCAAACUAGCAGAGAUGGCAGGAUCUGGAGACAUUUCAGAAUAAAUCCUAAUGGUAGAAUGGAGAAACCUAUGGGAUUAAUUUAACACAAAAUUUAGGACUGUGCCUCCAAUUUGUACUGUUACAUUGUUUGGUACAGUUGGGUGCACUUUUGAAACAUUGACAUAUGAGUUACUUUCAAAAACUGGAGUGUGAGAAGAUGCUUUUACAAACGUUUAUACGUUUAGGAAAAAGAUGCAAAUUUAAGGCUGUAAUAGUGUGUAACACACUUAGCACACGUUUUCUGUAGCCUGCAGAGACAAGAGGAUGGAGUGGAGGGAAGGAGAUGUUAGGGUGUUCUAAGGGAGGUGGUGGUUAUUACUGUCCUCCCAGAAGGGGGACCAGUACAUGGACAGACAAGAAGCCAAGACAGAUGUGUCUGAAACUCAGUAUGGCUUGUGCUUGUGGUUAAGCUUGGGACAACAAGGGGGAGAGGUGGGUAGGGACCACAUCACAGAGCCCUGGAGCUUGUGCUCAAUGGCUUCAAACAAACAAGUAAGUAGUCUGAACUGAAUACAAAUUAAUUUUCCAGUGAGGAUAUUGUUUUAUUGCUGAGGUCCGUGUUAAGUGGUGAUGGUAGGUCAGCUUGUUUCAGCUGUUGGAUUUGGCCACGUAGAGCACCAUUUUCUACUCUCAAUCACUUGAUCAUGCGACAAGUGAGGAUUUAACUAUCAAAAUGACAAGAUCAGCUUUCAUAUGGGAUGAGUGGAGUAUGAGAACCUCAUUUAUAUGUAUUGAUUUUUUAAAAAUUGUAGCUUAAAAUAGUCCCAUCAUGUACUCUGCUUAUAGAGCCUCUCCACUCGGCAUUACCUGCAAGUGAAUUGUUCACUUCAUACUAAUUCACAGUGGUCCACGAUUGACAAAUGGUGGCACCGAGGAAGACUGGAAUAUGUUUUUGAUCAUAUGUCAGUGUGUCUUUCUGAUUUAAUUCUGAAGCUGAACCACAGUUUCUGGAUGAUAUGUUUAAUCUUAUUUGUCCCUCUUGUCUCAGAUUGGAGAUUAAGAAGAGAUGCUAAAACAUUUACUAAGCCACAUCUAAAGCCUCAUAUUUUCUUCCUUUAUAUAUCAGUUAACAAACCCAGCAUAGCCAGAAUUCGUAGCUUUUGAGUGGUUAAAAUAUAUAUAUAUAUAUAUAUAUUUUUUUUUUUUUAAUGCUGUUAAGUGUUCGUUUUUCUUUAUGAUGGCCUUGACUCAUCCAGCCACAUUAAUUAUGCACUAGAUACAAUAAACAAGAGACACAGAUAACCCUCAGGAAAUCAGAGGUACUAGUUUACACAAUUAGCAGUUGCUUUUGUGCAGCUGUCUGUUGGUGGGAGAAGGUAAAGUUGCAUUUAUGCAUUCAUUCAUUUGCCAGUUAGAUAUGCUUUAAAAGAUGUUUUUUAAAAGUGGCCAUGGAAUACUAUGUUUGGUCAUUAAAUCAUUUAUAUUUUUCUUAUGCCUUUGCUAAUUAAUGCACUUGUUGAAAUGGAAAAAGUGAAUGUUUACAUUUACAUUUUUUCCAUAGAUAAAAUUCUGUGUGUAGCUUAAUCCUCUCAGUUAGCAUAGUUGGCUACAUGGGGACCGUGACAUGUGACUGGUUCUUGGAAUUAAUCCCUGAAGUAAAAGAAAUAUCGUAUUUCAUAGUUUCUGAGACUUUUUUUUUCUUCACAUUUUAACAUCUCGGAAAUCAGAAUGCCUUUUACAAAGUCCUA